AUGAUGAGAGGUCGACGAAUACCGAUCGCACUACCGAACACUGGCGCACUGUCCCGCAGACGACAUACGCUGUACAUCCGCUCCGCCAUAAUUGUCUUCAUUCUGUUUGCGUUCCUGCAGUUCCACGUGAUAAACUAUGACUCCUCCGAUAGCGCGUCCAACGAUAGCACCAACUAUUCGACGGCAGCGAUCCUGCAGAUGGUGCCGCCGGUGUUUCACAAAUACUUGACCGGAAAGCCUCGCAACUCCACGCACGGCCAAAACGGGACCCAUGUCGGAGGCGAGGGGCCCCGGACGGCCAACAUCAGCGAGAUCCUGCGCAUGAUACAACGCUACAAUGAAUUCCAGACGGUCCUGAACGAGGACAUCUACGGUCCAUUACAAAAUGAUUCUGUGAUAAUAGUAGUGCAGGUACACAAAAGGAUAACUUACUUACGGCAUUUAAUUGUAAGUUUGGCCCAAGCGAGGGACAUUUCACGCACGCUGCUCGUCUUCUCGCACGAUUUCUACGACGACGACAUCAACGAUCUGGUGCAGAGCAUAGACUUCUGCAAGGUGAUGCAAAUAUUCUAUCCCUUCUCGAUACAGACCCAUCCGAACGAGUUUCCCGGAGCCGAUCCCGGCGAUUGCCCGCGGGACAUUAAGAAAGAGCAGGCGCUGCUGCGAAAGUGCAACAAUGCGCUGCACCCGGACCUGUACGGCCACUACCGGGAGGCAAAGUUCACCCAAACCAAACACCACUGGUGGUGGAAGGCGAACCGAGUGUUUGACCAGCUGGAGGUCACCAAGUACCAUACGGGUAUGGUGGUAUUUCUCGAAGAGGACCACUACGUGGCGGAAGAUUUCCUGCACAUCCUGGAGCUCAUGUUCCGGAAGUCGCAAGACCUGUGCUCGAAGUGCAACAUCCUCUCGCUGGGCACGUAUCUGAAAACGUUCAACUACUACACGUACAACAAGAAGAGAGAGAGAUCCUUCGCCAACGGUUGGUAUGCGAGGGUCAAAGGGAACCGAAUGGGCGGGUUUGCCCCGGGGAGAGCAUUCCCUGCCGAGCACGCUCGUAGGUCGCGGGGAUCCUUUUCCUUCUCCGCUUCGUACAAUGCGCUCGAUCGAAGCCAGAAGUCAACGUCGGACUUUCCGGCAAAGCCGCGUUCGGGAACGGUUGAUGUGAGCACACUACUCGAUCAGACUUUGGACGUGCCCGUGGACUCGGUAAAUGUUUUUCGCGUAGUCCCGCACCAGCGCGCACUUCUUCCCGUGGACGUGCCCCUAUGGUCCGAUCCCUUCUCUCGCGCGAGUCAUUCGUUUGAGGCUCACGGCAACGAUAUCGCUACGUUGUCGGACGUGCGUAACGGUUUUCUGAACACUCCUUCCAAUCCCUGGCAACGCCGGCGUCCCUUGCAGCAUCAGCACCAGCAGCAGAAGCUUCUCCAGCAGCAGCGCCAACUUCAGCAGCAACAGCAACUGCAACGUCAGCAGCAACAGCGUCAGGAACUGCAGCAACAGCAGCAGCAGGGACAACAGGUGCCACAGACACAGGUCACCACCGAAAAGUACGCGUCCCAGUCGCAAUGGGGCUACCAGGUGUUACCGACACUGUACUCGAUCUAUCAGAAGGUUGAGGUGACGCCGUGGGUAAGCAGCAAGCACAACAUGGGCAUGACGUUCAACCGCACCACGUGGUACGACAUCGUGCGCUGCGCGCGCCACUUCUGCGAGUACGACGACUACAACUGGGACUGGUCGCUGCAGCACGUGUCGCAGCAGUGUCUGAAGCAGAAGCUGCACGUGAUGGUCGUCAAGGGUCCGCGGGUGUUUCACAUCGGCGAAUGCGGUGUGCAUCACAAAAAGAGCAACUGCGAGUCGAACCAGGUGAUCUCGAAGGUGCAGAAGGUCCUGAAGGCGGCCCGUGGCUCGCAGCAGCUGUUUCCACGGUCAAUUUCGCUCACGCAAACGAGCCUGGUGAAGAAGACGAAGCUACGCAAGGGCAACGGCGGCUGGGGAGACCAGCGAGAUCACCAGCUUUGCUUCAACAUGACCCUGGUCGGGCGGUAAUGCGCGCUGGAACCGUACACCGCAGGGCAUCCUUCCACGAUACGCACAUUCCUUUCUGGCUGCGCAUAGACCGUUCGUGCAUGCGAACUACAACGACGAUUUUGUGAGCAACCAUAAUAGCAAAGAAAAUACACACCCCAUGUUUUAGGGAGAGGAUCCGGUAACAGCUCAGACCAAAGUUACGUUUAUAGUUUUACGGUUUUGUUUUCCACUUGCGUAGGGUAAGUUAGCCAAUCGUUCUCAUUGUUUUGUGUAGUUGGUAAGACACAGCAGCUCGGAGAAGUGGUUAUUUUUAACGCAUGUUACCAAAAAAAACAGGAGGCAGUUCCCCAGGCCAGAAUAUAAAGUAUUAGGUUUAACGCGGCAAUAUGUCCCCAAAGUUCCACGAAGAGCGAACAGCUUAAGCCCCAAACAGGAGGUUAUUACCGUCAAACUAAUUGGCAAUAGAAUGAUCCCGUUGAUGCAAUAAGUGAGAAAUUGUGUGUAUUUCGAAUGGCCUAAAUAUGAUGAUGAGGAUUCGAGUCCAUAAGCGAAUAUAUCGGCCACCACUCGCAGCCGGUGGUCUGACCGUAGCGAUUUUACACCUCCGGACUGCUAAUUGAAAAUGUACCGUACACCUUAUUCGAGGCCCGAAAUGUGGAACUAACAUUCAAUCAGCCACCGUUCUAGUCAAUAGCACCAUGCUUUCGUUCUGUGAAGUGUGUUAUUACCCGUCUGCAUUGGCAAUAGGAUUUUCCUUCAAGGAAGGAAGUAGGAAAAGUGUGAUUCGAAACGGGGUACCAUUUGUUGUUGAACUUGUGCGACUAACGCGUUGUGUUUUUCGUUUUCUUUUGUACCCUGGCGCGGUAGGCGAAAUCGGCCGGUAAGACAUGCGGUUCGUUUUAGGCGUUUUGAAAAAAGGAAUGCUAGGUGUUCCGAACGGUUCCCGAAUGUCCCCAAAUUUGCGGUAGUCAGUAAGUGUGAUGUUAGAUGUAAUGGUAACGAAAACAAUAAAACUAAGUAAAAAAGCACACCAAAUAAACGAAAACGAUUGUAC